UUUUUGUUGGGGGCAUCUUUCCGCGCUUCCGCCUUGCGUCCUCUGCUUUAUAUAUAGAAAUUAGAAAAAGCUUUAUCCACCCAACACUCUCGCAAAUACAUUUCCUCAAACAUUUACUGCGCAAACAUAGCAGAGCAAUUGUUAUUUUGCUCCCCGAAAAAAAUAAAAAGGAAUUGGAGAAAAAUCGCAACAGCCUGAGUUUACAAAAAAUCCGGGCCUACGGUAAUCCUAUCACCACGUCUCUCUACCGCUUAUCUCGAAAUCCUUAUCCGUAGCUUCUGAAAAUACUUUGUCUUUUCUUUCUCUGCUGCUCUCUGUCUCUGCAGAAAUCGCAUAUCUAUAUUUCAUCAUUCAUUCUUCGCCAAUCUUCUCUCUCUCUCUCUCUCUUCUUUUAUUUUUUUAAAUUUGUUUUUAUUCAUAUAUCUGCUGAAUUUAGUGGGUUUUUGUAUUUGGGGGCUAUCCUCUAUCUUAUCCCUCUCUCCCUCUCUCUUGAAACCCUCGCUUUGACGCCCACCAAUUCGAUUGAAUCGAGGGUUUUUUCUUUCAAAUUUUGUUGCUUUUCUUUAUUUGGUGUUCUGGGUCUUUCAAUUUCCAUUUCCGUGUCGCUUUGGUUUCAUAUUGGGGGUUUCGGGUUCGGUGUUAUGGCUUUGCUUUCGACUCUGUUGGAGAUUUUGCGGAGACCAACAAUGGUGGAUGUGCUAAGCGAGCUCAUGAUGUUCAUAGCGCCUCUUUGGGUGGCGGUGAUUGUUGGGGUUUUGGUUGGGUGGGCAUGGAAACCCAGAUGGGCCAAGAUUUUGGGUUGCUCCGAGUCCAAGGACGCUUCGCCAGCGUCACCGACCACCAUCUCGUUGUCUACGUGUUUCCCUUCGAUUCCGAGCUUGAACGCCUUGAAGUUUCAGUUGCCCAGCUGCGUUUCUUGGACCACCGAUGAUAAGGAGGGUCUCUCUUUGCCACCAGCAGCCACCAAAUCUGAUUCCAGUUCGUCACGGGUCGAUAGUGAAAAAUCGGCUCCAGUGACGGGAGAGGAUUUGGAGCAUUUAUACCGGCUUGUUGAGGAAAGAGAUGGAGGUCCUGCUUGGAUUCAGAUGAUGGAUCGUUCUACCGCUACUAUGGGCUAUCAAGCUUGGCGUAGAGAUCCUGAGACUGGACCUCCGCAAUAUCGUAGCAGGACAUUGUUUGAGGAUGCCACUCCUGAGAUGGUGAGAGAUUUCUUUUGGGAUGAUGAGUACCGAUUAAAGUGGGAUGACAUGCUUAUACAUGCUGAAACCUUGGAGGAGUGUCCCACCACUGGAACCAUGAUGGUGCAGUGGGUGCGAAAGUUCCCCUUCUUUUGUAGCGAUAGAGAGUAUAUAAUAGGCCGUCGAAUCUGGGAAUCUGGACGAUCUUACUACUGUGUGACAAAGGGAGUACCCUGCUCCUCAGUGCCGAGGCGCAACAAACCUAGGCGUGUUGAUUUGUUCUAUUCAAGUUGGUGCAUUCGUGCAGUUGAAUCAAAGAGGGGGGACGGCCAGUUGACUGCAUGUGAGGUGUUACUGUUUCAUCACGAAGAUAUGGGUAUACCAUGGGAGAUUGCAAAGCUUGGGGUUCGGCAGGGUAUGUGGGGUGCUGUUAAGAAAAUUGACCCUGCCUUGCGUGUCUAUCAAAAACAGAGAGCAUCUGGAGCCCCACUCUCACGUUGUGCUCGCAUGGCCCAGAUCAAUACUAAAGUCAAUGCAGACUACCAGAGAUGUUUGGAAAGCAGCACCGAUAAUUUGUCGGAGGUUGAAAAGCCCAAGAAUCCAAAGGAGAGGAACGUGCCCAAGCUUCUAGUUGUUGGUGGAGCUAUUCUCCUUGCGUGUAGCCUUGACCGGGGGCUCUUGACUAAGGCAGUUAUAUUUGGCGUAGCCCGAAGGUUUGCCAGAAAUGGAAGGAGGUUGUGAGUCAGAAUGAUUUUUGCAUCAUUUGAGAGAUGCCUGCUAAUAUUCAUUGUUGCCGUGAAGUGAGAGACUGCCCAAUGGCUGCCUUUGAAGAGCGUAGAAAGUGCUAUUCUUUUUCCUAUUGUUUGAGCUAUAGAGCAGCUUUAGAUUGGAAAAGCCGAGAGAUGACAUAGUUUGUACUGGUUACAGUUGGAGAUCUCUCCAAGGGAUCUCAUGCUCUAGAUCUAGAAAUAACAGGAAUAUUCAACUUCUUUCCCCCUUUUGCAUAUCUUCUGUGACUUCAUCCUCUUGCACUGGUGUGACUUGAAGAGACGAUCAACAGAAUAUGAUACAUUUUUAUUUCCCAGAGCACUA